AUGAGCGAUCACUGCAGCGCGUUUCACCCAUACCAGAUUGAUGCAGUAAAUGUCAAGCAAAGUGAAAAUAGUUAUCCGUACGAGUGUAAGCGUUGCCGUGGACAAUAUUCGUCGGCUCGAGAAGUGUUGAUACAUAUUACACGAUGCAGUGUUGCAGGCGCGUACUACAGCAAGGAGCUUUUGGUUGAAAAUAUCCAAAGCCAACUUUUUGACACACCCACUUUCCGUCAUCCAAUGGAGGAGAUGAGGAAGACGCGCCUUGUUUCUCCUCGUGUCGCUGGUCGCAAAGCUCUUGGCCUAUCUUUUGUGCUAUAUUGGGAUGCAUUUUUGGAUCAUCUUUACAUGGAACGAGUUGACUCCGAAACCCAAGAACGCUUCCUUCAAACUUUUGGGCCACAGCGCUUCUUACUGACCAGAGACCUUGUGCCUCGAAUGGACUGCAUAUCUAUCGCAAGCCUAGUUCAAUGCGACACCGGCACUGUUUUUGAACCGUUUAGGAAAAUUUGGGGUGCGACGAGAAAUGUGCUUAUUACCGAGAUGCAACAUAUAGAAAGCGUAGACGCAAGGAUACUUGGUGUUAUUCGCCAAACAGUAGCAGAUAGACGUUAUACAUCGAGUAUUCCGUUUGAAGGAUUAUCGUCGGAGCAAGAUGUGUAUCGACACUGCUCAGUAAUGGCAUCAUUCUUGCAAUCAUUCUAUCGCUUGAUUACCCAUGCAGGACAGUAUCAUCCAAGUCUUACGAACGAGCUUCCAACAACCGUCCAUAUUUUUAUACCAGAGUUUAUUGCGGCUGUCCAUGGAAGGUCUAUGCGGAACUUAUGCACUGUUAUUCGAAUUAUCCUGUGGACUUUGGUUCAAGAAUCCGAUUCACGUCCAAAUCCCUUUUGGUCAGCGUUGUAUAGGCAUUAUGUUUUUAUGUCAGUUGAGCAGGAUCGCCGCUUUUCUGAAAAACGACAACUCUAUGAAAAUGUUUCCAUUCUCAUCUACUGGUGUCGGUUGCUGACUUGUGCAAAAAUCCGUGCGCUCCAGUCAGCCAGUGCUGUGGUAGAUUUUAAACGGUAA